GGAGACAGGGAACUCCCUCCCAUGGCCUCAUAAAACUACCAGAGCCUAUUGGCCCCUUCACUCCAGGUGUUAUGUCAAUAACAUACUGUACUAAUGUAACACAGUUUACGGCACUGCAUUGACGUCACCUUGUCCCAUAUAGUGCCUAUUGUGGUUGCACUUUGUUUUGUCAGUGAUUCGCCUAGUUUUUGUCUUAAACACUACAUGAUGACAGUGUAGUUACAUAAUAGCCAUUCAUUUAUGUAUUUGGGAUUUAUUUAAACCAGCAGCUGUAGGCUUACCAUUUGCUUGUUCGUCCCACAAAUUGCCCAUUUCUACUAUACACUCUUAGCGGAUACAAGGCAAAUGUCAGCUGAAACGGGUCUGAAAAAUAAAGAAUUACCCACAUCUUUCCCUUCUCUCAGAAUGUAAGUAGGUUCUGGAGUCUACCACUCUGGCUGUGAACCAAUCACAGCUGCUACGAGAGAACAUCAGGCAGAUGAUUGGCAAUGCCAUCACAAGGCAAAAAGCUGCCCACGGUACUGUCAGUUAAGCUCUGGUGAAGAAAAUAGCUGAGACAGUCACUCUGGAGAUACAGCAUGGGACAUACGAUAGUAUUUGACAUUUAAAGGUCAAAAUAGUAAAACUCUCAUUCUCUCACACAGUAAAAUCUCACAAUUAUGUCCGCAGCCUCCAGGCUGGCCAUUUUCCGCUGACAGAGGCAGCUGAACUGCAUUCAUCACAGCCAUGACAGAGCACUGGUCAGUAUGGCCCUGAGUACAGCGGGGAUAUGCUUUCCAGAGAGAAACUGAACAGGCCUAUAGUAAACAUUUACCACAGACACACUGGGACCUAGUUACCUGAGGCUGCUCAUCUCAUACAGGGUAGUUCUGUGUAGAGACGCUGCCUGCUGUCCUCUAAAGAGGAGCUCUUCAGGCUACAGGGCACAUGUCUGGAGCGGGUGGACAACCUGCACAGCAAGAGGGCCGCAGAGCAGGUGGACUCUGCCGUGGUCAGGCUGCGGCGGCAGCUGGUCGACAGACGAGCAAUGCCCACUUUCCUCCAACAGGGGUUGUACUAAACUCAUUAUGUAGUGCAUGACUCAAUUCAUCUUUCUUCAUUGUUUCCUCUCUCCUUGGUUCCUUCUCAAAAAUGAAUUGGAGGAGAAGAUCAGAGGGAAGAAAGAUAAAGGUUCCUCCCCUCUGAUCGUCUCCUCCAAUGCAUUUUGAGAAUUAGAUGAGGAAUCAAGGAAAGAGCCCCUAUCUAUAGUUGUAUACAAACGGUAUGUGUGUGUUUUAUCCUGGAUAUGAAGUGAAAGAGGGACCAAUGUGCUGAAAAGGGACCAUUUGUGGCAUCCCAACUCUCAAUUAACCACAUUUCUGCAUUACGCCAUUAACAUGUACUUGAAAUAAACAUAAACAGUAUUUCUCUGCAAACUCAGCCCCAUUGCUUAUUGUAUGGGAGUCCCUUAGAGCAUAAAUGUGCAUGGGUUUCAUUCGCCUGUACUUGAUCUCCUUGUCAUACUGCCAUUUUGUACAGCUUGGCAUCUAUAAUGCGAAUUGAACAUGUUCAGCAUAGACUGCAUCAGAAUCACAAACCGUGUACUGUUUAUGUUCAACUUCACCUCUGAAUAAAUGUAUACCGUUAUAAAGUCCAGUCUCCAUCGCCCCCUCCUCUUCAGUCCGAGUCAUAAGACUGCAAGUCACUUGACAGUCCUCCCUCUAAACUUCAUGUGUUUCAUUAAGAAAUAAGGGAUGAUUCAAUAAGCCUCUUCUUUAUUGAGUGGUUACAGAAUCACUGUAUAAAGGCCCUCUAUACACGGCAAAGCAGUACUGUAGAUACCAGCAAUAUAGUUGUGUAUCUUCCUAGCAAUACACACUAUUUAACUGAAUACUCAAAUGGUUGGUUUCUACUUUAGUGUUUAUGCAGACUCCAAUGCAAACCCUCACAAUCAGCCGUGGCCGGAGGAGUGACUUCAGUCUUAUCACUGGGCGGCUAAUGUCCUAAUUGAAUCAGAUGUGUUGGGGUGGGGAGAUGUUUGGAGAUAUUUAAGGUAGCCUCUCGUUUUUCCUUGAUACUAUCUUCAGAUCUGUGCAGACGAUGCAUGAAGAGAGGGAAGACUAAAAGCACUGGCAUAAUACCAUUAGUUUGUACCGACGCAUCCCCAGAAAGGACGAUAUCAACACAUUUUACUGGAUAAGAGAAGGUUGCAACAAGUAAUUGUGUUUUAAAUGAUCAUUUAUCUAGACUAACUAGAUAACGAGAAGACAGAAAGGUCGUGAGGAGCUGGGAAAGCAGUCAAAUCAAAGGGAAAAACAGGAUAUUGUCUGUUUGGAGAGAGACAAAAAAACAAGUAAUGUCGCAGCUUCUAUGCCAUCUGCUUUUACUGUGUCUGGUACCAUCUGUGGUUCCUCUGUUUUGCUUCACCUGUGUCUUCCCUGCCAUCUCCCCACUGGACUGUAUCAAGUUCCCUCAGAAGUGUCCUCCAGGUCAGCAAUGUCUGUCCAGCAAAGCUGUGGGGAAGCGUGGAGAGUUCAGUGUGACACUGUAUGAGAAGAGCUGUGUCCUCUCCGCCCUGUGUGGCCUGACUGGUGAGAAGUACGCCAUGGGCCUCAACUUCACCUUUACCAAUGACUGCUGUUCCACCCACCUGUGUAAUGGAGCUGCAGCCCCCUCUGCCCUCUACUGGACUGGCUCUGCUCUCGCUCUCCUCUCAUUCACUCUCUCACUGUGAUUUACACCAACUUUAAAGAUAAUGCUAUUGUUGCUAAAUUCAUAAGAAAAACAUGACCACAUUCAGAUGCCUAGCAUUGGUCGAAACCUUUCAGAUAUAAAUGUGAUGAACAGAGCUGGCAUGAUUCCUUGUUGUAAUUGUUGGAGGCAUGUUUGUUAUAAUGUACAUAGAAAUCCACUAUCUGUCAGUUCCAAAACUUUAUCAGUUCCAAAACGUUGUAUUCUGCUGAACGUGGCCCAGGUGUUUAACACAAUGAAUGUGUGCUUUCUGUACAUGAAAUAUGGACAGAUGAGAUCAUUUCCAUUGAACUGACCAUUUCUUAGAGAUGAGCAAAUAAUGUGCUUAACACUCUUUCUUUUACAUCUAGGCAUAGCAUUAACAAUAUCCCACAUUUAUCUGUCAUCAAAGUUGAAAAUGAGAGCUAACAACGUAUAAAGCAUCCACUGUAUGGAUAAUA